AUGGCGAGCCAGCAGCCCGACUCCUCCCAGGCCCUGAUCCUGGCCCAGCAGGAGAUGGAAUACCGCGUUGCUCUUUUUAACAAAAUGGUGACCAGCUGCUUCGACAAGUGCAUCGACAGGAAGUACAAGGACGGCGACCUCAAUGUGGGGGAGAACAGCUGCGUGGACAGGUGUACCAGCAAGUACUGGCAGACCACCGGCAUCGUUGGCCAGCUAUUGGGCACUGGCCAGGCAUGA